UGUUUACAUAUCAAUUGCAAAUAUUAUACUUUGGCUUAGUUAAAUUUUUCUUCAAUCUUUGGCGCAUGAACUUAGGAGAGGUAAAAUGAAAAGUUAGCCAAUAAAUCAUGAGCCGCAUAUAAUGUUUCGACCGAGACUUGGAAACAAAUUUGAUUGAUCAAGACAUUUCAAUUGGUCUUGAGAUAAAUUACCCGGUACCGCCUUCCCAUCAACGAGGGAAUUGUUUGAUGCACAUAAAGCGGCUGUAUGGCGUCUUCCGUGGAGCCGGGCGAAACCCUGCAGGACUGGGAGUACGUCAAGCAAGGAAUCGCACUAUGGCUUAACAAUCAACCGAAAGCGGCCGAGGAGAGUUUCAACAACCGCGAAUCGAGCGUGCAUAUCGUGGCAGGACAUACAUUCAUAUCUUUCAUGAAUGCCGUUAUAUCAUGGGAAACAGAAAAAAUGAACGAAACUCAAUCUAUGCUUAGGGAAUUGGAGAAAAAAUGUGCCGGUGAAAUCGGUUGGCUCAAGACCAUGCGUACAAAGUUCUUCGGAAGCAACCAACCAAGAAAAUCUUUAACCGAAACACUUGAAGAUCAAAUUAUUUUGGCUGACAGCCAAUUAUGUCUCGCCAUACUUGUGUCCCUGAGCCAGGACAUUAGCGGUUUUGUUAAGGGCGGCUGGCUGCUGCGAAAAGCGUGGAAAGUUUAUCAACACACAUAUAGCCAAAUCUAUCAGCUGUACACUAGGACACUAUCAUGUGAAAACAUUCCACAAUCACCUCUGAGACAUAAGCUGCAAAGCUCAAUACUCGAAUUGAGUACUCCAUCGUCUGUAGACUGGACAGUACCAAACUCAUCUCUGCAAACACCUAGUUCCAUUGAUGAUAAACAUAUUCAUCUCACAAUGAACAAUCGAAAAUCGAUGGAAGAUCUCGAAAAAGAAAUACCUAAAGCGGACACACAAAUAUUCGCCCAACCAAUGAAUAUUGCACCAAAACCAUUCGAAGCAUCUGUUCCAGCAAAUUUGACCAAUGGAGAAGAAACUAGCAGCUCCAGGACUACCACUGGAAGCUAUGGUAGUGUGAAGCGUAGCUUUACAACACAUUUUGAAGGAAUUGACUACUCAACGACAUGCAGCAGUAUAAUACCACGAAGUGCCUCUAAUGUGUCUAAACCAAUAAGGCAUGUCGUAGCCCGAGAAACAUUAAAAAUAGACAUCGAAGGAGCUAUGUCCAAGCGAUGGCUGAAUGGUGUCAACGGCUUAAGACCAGUCAGACCACCUCCCGAACCUGUGAAUCAUGAUUGUGGAGCCAAUAUUCUAGAUAAUAAUAGGCCGAUAGAUGCAAGAGAUAUUCGACGACUGAUGGGUGCCGUUAGCUUCGGUUACGGUGUGUUCCAGUUAAGCAUUUCCCUUCUACCACCCAGUUUGCUGAAACUAAUAAGCUUUUUGGGGUUCGAAGGCGAUCGCACUAUGGGCGUCGCAUGUUUAAUGCAUUCCAGGACGAGUAUGGAUAUGCGAGCGCCAUUGUCAACGUUGGCGUUGCUUUGGUACUAUACAAUUGUGACGCCAUUUUUCGCCCUGGAUGGUUCCAACUUGAAGUUUGAAAUUUGUUCCGCAAAGGAGUUGAUAGAUGAAUCCGCAGAAUUUUCAAAGUCUUCGUUAUUUUUGUUUUUUCGCGGACGUGUGGAACGUUUGAAGUGCAAUAUAACAGAAGCAAUUCAGGAGUAUGAAUUUGCUUAUCGUUCUUCCGUUCAGCGAGAAAUUAAGCUGUUAUGCUUACACGAAAUCGGCUGGUGCCGCCUAAUCCAACUGAAUUACGGAAUGGCUAUGACUAACUUCAAGGAUUUACGCCGAUGCAGCCAAUUUUCCAAGAGCUUCUACGCUUACUUGACGGUCAUCUGUCAAGGGGCACAUGGGUUUUUUGAUGAAUUAAUCAAAUGGAGAUCGGAGAUCUCCGAAUUACUGAAUCGUUCCAGACAGAAGGAGUCUCAAAUUGAAAAGUACAUUUUCCGCAGAUGCCAAAAGCUACCGCAUACCGAUACAGAAACCGAGAAGUACAAUUGCAGCUACUGGAGACUGUUGGUGUACGAAAUACUUUUUAUGUGGAAUGCUCUGAGUAGCUGUAGUGAAGAAUCUCUCAAUGCUAUCAUAGAAGAUUGCAGAAAAUUAGACGAGGAGUCAUUGGAACCAUCCCGAGGGAUAAGACAACUGAUUUUAGGUGCAAGUUUGUGUUAUAUGAAACGAUACGAGGAUGCAAUCAACGCCUAUCGUAUGUGUAUUGUUAUGCGGGUUGACGAACAAUCACAACCGUCACAACUACAGGAUGUGCACAUUCCAGCGUUCGCCCAUUACGAGUUAGCACUCUUAUUGUUGCGGCAGCAAAACGAGGAAGCAAAAAUGGAAGCCAAACAGCUGCUUCUAUACGCACAACAGACCUAUAGAAGCUUCGAUUUCGAUAAUCGAUUCAAUGUACGAAUACAUUCCAUAUUGAAAACCCUCAAUUAACAGAUUAUAGUGCGGCAAAAAGUGAUAAGCUGCUGAUCAAAACCAUCCAGAGGAUGUAUUGUUAUCCUAUUAUCGUACACAACAACACGGCAUACAAAAACAAGGCACUAUCGAAACGUAUGUAAACAUCAAUUUUCAUUGUAAACAAUUGACGUCACUGCUAUCGCUGCUCGGGACGAAGCAAGCCAACGCUCUACACUCAGCGAACUAGACUAUCGAAAUUCAUAACUGGCGCCUUAUGAAUCUUCGACAGAUUAUUCCACCAAAAGUGCUUCUUAUAUGCAGUUACCUUCCCGAGUAAUCAAGCGUCGACUGGCGUGUGGUAUAUAUACCGGCCUCCCGACCCCGACGUCCAUGGUUCGAACCCAGUCUGCCGCACUUCACUUUUUUGCCUUUCUCGUUCAACAAAGUUGUACCGAAAGGCUAUCAUUUCACUCUGAAAACGAACUUUCUACAGGAACAUCUGAUAGUAAAGUUUCUUAUACCAUUCGACUUAGUUUGAUGAAUCGAGGUGAUGUCUGUGUGUGUGUAUGUAUGUGUGUGUAUGUUUGUGUGUCUGUAUGGUCACUUUUUCAACCACAAAAACUCACACGAUUUUCAUGUACUUAGACUUAACUGAUUUUAUCGCAACAAAGUUGCAUUCCGCAGAGCCACUCUUCUAAUUACAUGCUAUUUAAUUUCAUCAAGAUUGAUUAAUGCGUUCGCAGCUGACAAGGAAAAUGGUUUAAGCAGUUUUCCAUUUUUCCCAUAUAACCGGGACUACGAGCAUUGAGCAGCUACCAUGCUAUAAUAUAAAUUACGUUCGCUCGAUGGGUUAGAAACCUACGGCAAUAUCGAUAAAGCUAACGCAACGAACAAAGCUUUUCAAAGCUUGCAAUGUGGAACGUGUUGAACACGAAAACUAAUCGACGAACAACGUACGCGCUUUUAAGUUUAGAGCCGACUCGAUGAUGUUUAGGGUAAAUGACCCAAUAGUGGAGGAACUAAGCACGUUCCACCACUGUUUGUUCGCAUGCACAGAAGCUAUAAUUUAUUUCGCUUACCUAAAUUGUGCAUCCGAAAGCUCCUCUUUUAUAUUUUUAGUAGAAAGUAUUCCGAUGGCAGCAGCUCCUGUCAUUAUUACCUAAAAUGAAUCCUCCAAUUAUUGGUGCAAUGUUCCAAUAGUUGCGAUAUUUUCUAAUUCGUGUUCCUAUAGUUGCGAAUCCCAUUGUUUUCAUACGGGACUCGCAACUAUGGGAACACUACCGCAACUAUUGGUACAAGGCAGAGAAUAAAAUACAGUAUUUCAGUGAUAUUUUACCGAUUCUACCGAUAGUAAAUUCAAAACAGUUUUCAACUCUUUCACUUAAUGACAGGUCAACUAAUUGAUAAACAAUGUGGGUUGCUGCGUUAUUUGCGUAUAUUUGAUAAAAACUACACUACCGCAACUAUAGGAGCACCCACGACUAUCGGAUCAAUUACCCUAUUGCCAUUAUACUUUAUCGGAGCAUUCGCACCAACACAGUUGUAAGUUUCAUCGUUGGCAACAGAAAUUGCACUAGAUAACGACACGAUUAACUGCUGGUUCGUACGCUCGUGGCCAUGGUGGUGUUGGCGUUUGUUUUGGUUUGGGUGCAGUUUGGUUUGGGUGGUGUGUAGUUAUUGUGAAGUUUGGGUGAUUUCAAGGGCAAAUUUUAAUAUAGUUUUCGUUUUAUAC